AAAUAACUUCAUCAUACGGAGAGUGCAUGAGUAUACUCAUGGUCGAUAUGUCUUCAAAUGGAAGCCUACAAAACUGGCGAUUUGCGAUAGUAAUUGUUGAUGGACGAGGCUCGAAGAGAAUAUAGACUGCGAUGGAAAACAAGUCGAUCAACGGAUUCUUCAGGGACGACAUGGGCUCAGUUGAGAUGGAUUACAGUGAUAUGCUUGUUGGGCUUCAGAAUGACACGAUAUCUUAUUCUGAGGAUUACUACGACAUUAGCUACAGAGCAAUUCAUCUUCUUGGACAGCCGGAUAAAAUUGUUGCUCUAGUUGUGGCAUGCAUCGCCCUGCUUGCUAACAUUGCCUCAUUACUUGCUAUAAAAUACACGUAUGGGGAUUUGUCAGCGCACCAAAGGCUUAUGAUAAGUCUUGCAUUAUCAGAUAUGUUUAUUAGCGUCAGUGUCAUCUUGCACAUCGUUAAUCAUAUUCUCAAUCCCUUGUAUCAUAUCAAUGAUGAAAACAACCUGAGAUUACAGUCUCAUUGUGCUCGGGUGUUAAUCGAGGGAUUGAAUAGAACUUCACAUGUAAUCUCCCUUAUGAACUUGAUGGGUAUGGCGGCGGAUCACUAUAUGGCUAUCCUUAAGCCGUUGGAUUAUCACAGACUUAUGAACAAGAAGCGCUCGAGAUUGAUGAUCCUUGCCCUGUGGCUUGUAUCUGCAGCAUUUGGAUUCUCAGAUGUAUUCUCAGGUUUUGCCGGAUAUGAUAAGUCCUAUGAACAACAAUACAAUUAUACCAGUAAUUACUGCGAAAUCAUAAGGAAUAAUAACUUCCACCCUGAGUUUGCUAUUUUCGCCCUCGUUAUUGUGUGCUUUAUUGUUAUGAGCGCGAUUUACUCUAAAAUCUUUCUCAUCGUUAGAAGUCAUCAACGCAGGGCAAAUGAGGUUAAAGAAAACAGAAAAGCUGUUGUAACGACUCUCCUCAUUCUUGUGACUUUUGCUGUCUGUUUUCUUCCAAAUACGUUGUUUCAGACUAUUAUGAUCGUCCUGGUGUACUACACUAGAGGAACCCCCUCUGCGUCAUUGUCACAAGACAAAAUCGUAUGGAAUAAUUUGCGAUAA